GCCUCGGGAAGAGGAGCUGAGGAUGAGGAGCAUGGAUGAUACCCCCGCUGUAGCAGAGCAUCCUGCUGUUCAGGAAUCACUGGGUCCCCUAGUAGCCCCCACCCCUCUCCGUCCAUGGCCCCAGAUGACUCUUCAGGUUUCUGAAGUUACAGUAACUGGCAUCUCCCCAGAAGAAGGUGACAUCCCCAGAAGCAGUCUGCCUGUGGCUUUUACAGAGAUUCCCCAGGCACCGGCCAUCAGGAUUCCCUCCUCCACCCCUCUUUGUGGCUUGAGUGGCUCCCCCAGGGACCAGGCCUCGGGGCCUGAUGCAAGUGAGGGGGCCACGGGGCCCUUCCUAGAACCCAUCCAGCAACAGGUGGAGUCCAAGUGGGAAGUGUCAAGUGAGAAUGGAGGGGGUCGAAAGGACCCCAUGGGGGCUGUUAUGGAUGUGCCUGCUGGGGGUCUGGAAGUCAUGAGUGGGUUGGAGGAGCUGCUUGGUGAAGACACCAUUGACCAGGAGCUUGAGCAGCUCUACCUGUCCCAUUUGAGCCGCCUGCGUGCUGCUGUGGCUGCAGGUGGGGCAGGGGGUGGUGGGGAGGGCCCUACAGAUGGGGGGCUAUCCCCCAGCCAUCCUCUGGGCAUACUUACGGACCGUGACCUGAUCUUGAAGUGGCCUGGCCCUGAGCGGGCCCUGAACAGUGCCCUGGCUGAGGAGAUCACGCUGCACUACGCCCGCCUGGGACGUGGUGUGGAGCUCAUCAAGGACACUGAGGACCCUGAUGACGAGGGAGAAAACGAAGAGGGGCUCUCCAUCACUCCCUCUACCCCGGAGGGAGAGAGCCCCAAGGAAUCGCCUCCAGAAAUCCUCUCUGGGGCCCCCUCUGUGGUAGCCAUUAUGGGAGAUGUCUGGCUCCCAUGGGCAGAGGGCUCCAGGUGUGAUAGCCCUGUGGUUCUGGGUACAGAGGGUCAGUUCACUGGGGAUCCUGAGAAAGGGAUAGGCAAGGACAUCAACUCUUUGCACAUGAAUAGGAUCGUAGCUGGGGUGACCAGGUCCUCAGGGGAGGCCGGGACAGAAGCCCGGAUGGAGGUCACCACUGAGUGGGCAGGCAGAUUGGUUCCUAUGUCUAGCAAGGAGCCAGCUGCUCCAGUCCUUCUGCGAGAGCAGAAUCCCACCCUCCUUGGUCCCAUGGGAACUGAAGUCUGUCUGUCUAGCAUGGUCAGGCCUCAUGUGGUCUCCCAGGAUGAAGAGGGUGCAGGCCCAAGUCUUGAGCCCCCAAAGAGGUCUCCCACCAUAGGAUCCCCUGCAGAAUGUGUAUGUGGAGUGCCUCCUCAGCUCCGGGGGCCCUUGACCCAGACUCUGGGAGUCCUGGCUGGGCUGGUGGUGGUCCCUGUGGCUCUGAACAGUGGUGUGUCCCUCCUGGUGCUUGCGCUGUGCCUCUCUCUGGCCUGGUUCUCAUAGGGGCUGCUUGUGGGACCAGCAAUAACAGGUUUCUCCCUCUCUGGGGUUUGGUGAGAGGUGGUCCCUUCACUAUCCCAGAGGGUUGAGAUGGGAUAUGUAGCUUGUGUAGUGAGGGACCUUGGUCCUUUGCUUCUGAGAGUGCUUGGCUAGAGACAGGCCUUCCUGUCCCUGAGUUCUCCAGUCAGCACGGGGCUCCCUGCAGUGGUACCUGCGGAGAGGAGCAGGGUGGUAGAUGGCAUGAGUGAGAAGAACUUUCAGAAUGGAACCAGGCAUGUCCUUCCCACCCCCACCCCAAGCCUGUAUUUAUUUUUAUAUAAUUCUCUGGAUGAGGGAGAGUGGUCGUGAGCUGGUCUUGGGGCACAAUUACCCAGAGAUAUAUUUAUUAACAGCCAACCUGUGCAACCUGCUGGAGCUUUAUUUUUAAUUUAAUUUAUAUAGAGUACCUAUUAUUAUAUGCCACAAUAGAGCUCUAUGAGAAAUGAUGUGUCUUGCUGUGCAGUAGUCUCCUAUAUGGGCCUGAGUGUGCAAGCGGGUCGCAUUCCAGGGGAGGACCAUGGUGGGGAGUGGGAGGUGGAUGUAGCCCUGCCUGCUGUUGCCUCUUAAAUGUGUCCUUGAGGAUCUGUGUCUCCUCACCUCAUGGUCCUAAUAUAUGUGGUCCUGUGGUCUUCUCACAUUCUGCCUGGGGCCUGCCUCUGUGUAUAUGGGAAUGGGGAUGGGAACCACAUGAAUGUUUGGUGUCAGUCACGUGGGUGUGAUGGAGGCUAUGGUCAGUGUGUUUAUGGGGAUACUACUUAUGAAUCAGCCACAAGGUUUUGAGGUUACCUUUGACACCAGCAGGGAGCUCCCUCAAACCCCAAGCUAGGGAAGGCCUCAGAAAGAAGAAUUAAUGUACUGUGAAAAAUUUGUAUCGGAGUUGCUGUCCACAGACAUUGCAUUUCUACUCAAAACAAGAAACCCAGAUGCUUUGAAAGAAAGGAUAGAUAUAUUUAUUGCAUGCAAAUAAAAAUUUCUUUGCAUAGCAAAAUA